AUGACAGAAACUCCAACUGCAGUGACAAUUGCACUGCCCUCGUACUCCACCGUGAGGGACAGUAGAGUAAAUACUCCAGCGAUCCCUUACGCCCACGAAGAUCCCCAUCCUGUCUCGGAGAAAGAAGACCGUUUCUCAAACCGAGCCUUCCCGUCCGGACCGCCCAUCCUCCAGCUCUGCUGCAUGGUCCUUGCAGCUCCAGCACCUCCAUCCCGGUGUCUGGGUUUAGGUCUAGGUCGGUCUCAGGUCGAGGACGAUCGUGCAGACCCCGGGACGGGCGACGGGCGGAACAACCCGGUAGGACAUGGCCCGCCGCCGUGCAUCUUCCCCCGGGGAACAGGCGACGAUCUGCUCGGCUCGCAGCCACCGUAG